AUGUCGGAACUCCGUCAGCGAUCAACAGGCACAGCGAAAUCCACCAAUGGACCCAACGAGCAGCCGAGUGCCAGAGAGAAAUCCAGCUCCAGCGAAGAUGAAGACCACGGGAUCGGUAUUUUGGACAUAAUUCGCGUGGUUGUCGUCCUGAUCGUCGCUUCAUGCGGUCUCUCAUAUUAUAUGACUUCAUCCGAGUCCGUGCUAUGGGGGUACAGACCGUGGUAUACGCGGUGGCCGGUGGUGAAGCAAUGGGUGCAAGGCCCUGUUGCCCUGACACCGAGUCAACUAUCUCUUUAUAACGGCACAGACACCAGUCUCCCCGUCUAUCUCGCCGUCAACGGGACCAUCUACGACGUCUCGGCAAACCGUAUGAUCUACGGACCGGGCGGUAGCUACAACUUCUUCGCCGGGCGGGACGCCACGCGCGCUUUCGUCACGGGGUGCUUUAAGGAGGAUCUUACGUCGGACAUGCGCGGCGUGGAGACCAUGUUCAUGCCUGUUGAGGAUGUCGAGAACGAGACUAUUACAUCGUCGCAGAAGAAGAUUCGUCGUGAGAAGGAGUUACGGGCGGCUCGAGCAAAGGUCGAGGGGACUGUGAGACGGUGGGGUGGGUUCUUUGCGAAUCAUCAGAAGUAUUUCGAAGCUGGAAAGGUGGUGGUUGAAGAUGGCGUGACAGGAGAGGCGUGGCCGCUUUGUGAGGGGGCGGAGAAACAGCGACCGAAGAGGAGUUCGAUGGUGGAAAAGUCGUAA